AUGUUUUUGAAUCUAAUUAAAGGAUUAGAAAAAAAUGAAGACAAGGAAAAUAUUAUAAACAUUAAUAUACAGAGAUUGUUAGGAGAUAAAACGUACGAAAAAAGAAAAAAAGGGGCACAAGAAUUAGCUGAAUUGAUAAAAAUAUUAUUAAUAAAUGAAGAAAAUGAUGAACAAGAAUAUGUAGAUAAUUUAUUACAGCAUCCGAAUAACGAAGAUGGUGCCUUACAUGAAUCCAAAAAUUUCUCGGAAAAAGACAUUAACAUAAUUUCGAAAAUAAAUUCAAAGCAUGAUGUUGACAUUAAGAAUGAAUAUUACUUUCAAAACUAUAACGAAAAUUUUAAAGGAAGAGAUACGAUUUCUGUUAACAGUGAAGUUGGAAAAAAUGAUGGAGCUGAGGAAGAAGAAGAGGGAAAAGGGCUCCAGGGGAAUAAUAAAACGAACAGAAAAAGUCCACAAGAAGAAGGUACAGCAGCAGGUGCUACAACUGGAGUAUCAGUAAGACAAGGAAGGGAUAACGAUAUUACUCAAAAGAACGAUAUGAUUGUGUAUGAAAAAUCGGAACAGUUGAACGUUUCAGAUGAGUCUGAUGAAGACAAUAAAAAAAAAAUUACAGAAAUUGAAAACGUAAUUGCACGUAAAGAAAUGAAUGAAGAAAAUCAUAUUAUUUUAGGAUCCGAAUUGAUUAAAAAACUAUUAUUAGAUAAGUGUAAAGAAAAUUGUGAUAUUGACGCGGAAUUUACUAAAGCGAGUGACAGUAAAUAUGUAAGAAGGAUACCAAAUGUAGAUAUAAUAAAUGAAAAAAAAAAGAGCCUCAGCCUGAGUGGUAGUAACAGUAGCGGUAUCAAUAAUAUAGGAAUUAAGGAUAUGGGAAGCAAUGUCAUAGGUAACAAUGGAGAACUCAACAAUAAUAGCAGCAAUGAAGAACAUAACAAUCAGGGCAGUUACGGGGUCAGAAGAAAAACGUUAAACAACAUUUUGCAUGAAAACGCAAUACAUACGGAUAUAUUUAACAAGAAAUACCAAAAUAAGAAAAUUAUAGAAAUAAUAAAUUUUUUAGACGAAAAGUUCAUUAAGAGUGUAAGCACGUCUGAACGGUGUGGUGGGUUGAUUUCAUUAGCAUUUAUAUCGAUAAGUUUAAAUGAUAAAAUAAAAUAUUAUUUUUCCGAAAUUUUAAAAAUUAUUAUUUCGUGUAUUAAUGAUCAAGACUCAAAAGUGCGAUAUUAUGUGUGUGAAAGUUUAUAUAAUUUAUGUAAAAUAUCAAAAGGUGUAAUAUUUUACAACAUUGAAGAUAUUUUUGAUUGCUUGUACAGAAUAUUUUCUGAUUCUUGUCCAAAUGUUAAAAAUGGAGGUGCAUUUUUAGAUAAUUUGUUAAAGGAUAUGACUUGUUCAUAUAAUAAUAUUUUUAAUAUAUAUAAAAUAAUAUAUAUAUUAAAAGAUAAAAUAUGCAUCGAAAAUGCAAAUGUUCGUCAACUAAUUAUUUCAUGGUUAUUUUUUUUACAAAACAUUCCAACAAUUAAUAUAUUUGAAUAUUUCCAUUUCUUUGUUAAAGAUCUUUUUUUAAUGUUAUCUGAUGAAAAUAAAGAUAUACAAAAGCAAGCUAACCAAUGUUUGGAUUUAUAUAUUGACAAAAUUGUAACAUUAAAUUAUGAACAAUGCAGGUUAUUUUUUAGACAUAUUGCACAUAUUUUUUUGGAUUUUUCAGGUCAUAAAAAUGCUAUUAUUAAACAUAAAUGUUUAUUAUGUGUAUAUCAUUUUAUCAAUAUUUUAAAUAUUCAUUUUUAUAAUAUAUUUAAGUCCACCAGGAAGAAUAAUUAUUUUAUUACAGAACUUUUGAAAAAAAUUAUUUCUUGCACGUCAGACGUAAGUUUUGAUAUUCACUACACAGCGAGAAAAUGUAAUGAACUGUUAAUAAAUUAUCUUAAAUUUGCCAUCCUGGAUGCCAUUCCCUUAAUAACGGUGUUAGUGUGUAACAUUAUUGAUACGAAAAUAGAGAAACAGGAACUGGUGUUGAACACCAGCCAGAAAAAAUUAGCCAGUCAUAGCGGUAUCAAGAUUAGCGGCAAUAAAAAGAGCGGCAGUUAUAAUAGCGGCAAUUAUAAUAGCGGCAAUUAUAAUAGCGGCAAUUAUAAUUUAUGCAGUCAAAAUAGUGGCAAUUACAACAAUAGCAGUAAUGACAUUAACGGCAGUUACAACAAAGGAAAUAGUAACACACAUAGGGGGCGCAGGAAAAAAAACAAUUCUUAUUCUCAAAAGAAUAAUUUAAAAAAAAUUUUGAAUGAAAAUUGGGAGUUAAAUAAAAGUAAUUUAAUGCAAAAUAAUGGUAUCCAUAACAUAGGGAGGCACGAGAAACAGAAAAAUAUAACCAAGGAAAGUGUAUGUUCACAGCACAGAUCUGAUGAAAAAUACAUGAAAAAUCAUGUUAAGGGGAAAAGCACUUUGCAUGCUACCAGCGAUGAUGAGGAUCCAGUUGAAAAUUGCAUAGCCGAAUCGCUUGCAAAUUAUGGGAAAGGUAAAAAAAUUUUUGUGGAUGGUAAGCAUAGUGCAAAUGGGGGAAAUGGCGAAAAUGGCGAAAAUGGCGGAAACGACCAGGAUGACGUGAAUGGAAAAAAAAAAUUUCGAAACAAGAGUAAUCGUAUGGAGCAUGAUAGGAACGCCCACACGAAUAGUUGCAACGAAAAGUGGAAUAGUGGAAGUACUAAAAACAAACACAUUAAUGUUACGGGGAUAGAGCAUACAAACAAUAUGGCUGGUAGCAGUUACACCUGUGGGGAUGAGAAGAUUGAGGUGGGUAAGAACAACGAAGUGGUUGAAAAGGAUGACCAGAAGAAUGAACAAUUUUAUCACAUCAACAACGUUGUGAAGGAUAUGGAGCGAGUGAACAAGAAAAAAGAGAAGCAUAACAAGAAGGAGGAGCAUAGUAACCAUGAGAAGCAUAAUAACAAAGACAACUCAAGCGAAUCGUUGAGCUACGAAUCGUACAACAUAUUUGACGAAAGAAGUUCAAUUGCACGUAAUGGGGUGAAAAAUGAAGUAGUAUCGGAAGCAUCAGGAGUUGCAGAACCGGCAGUAGAAUUAUCCGUAGCUGGGGGUGCAUAUGACAAAGAGCGAGAGAAGCACAAUUCAAGAUUUAUGUACAAUUACGAAAAACUUAUGAAUGAACUUAAGGAAAAAAAAAUUUCUUUGAAUGAUAACAGGAAAUGUGAAGCUUAUUAUAUAAACAAACUAAUCAAGAGGGAAGACCAAGACAGGAUUGGUGAUGGUGGUGCUGAAUAUGAUGAUGAUGACUAUGGUAAUGAUGAUCAUAACGACGAUGACUACGACCAUGGACACGAUGAUGAUAACAUGUUUUCAGAUAGCCUGGAAAGGAGAAACAUAUAUCCCAUAAUUAUGUGCUUACAGUGGCUGAUAGAAAUAUUAAUAUAUAAAAGCGAGGAAAUUAAAAUUUACUAUAAUGAAAUAAUAAUAUGUGUAUUUAAGUGCUUGAAAAAUGAUGAUAACCAGGUUGUUCUUCUAACCCUGACAGUACUAUCAGCAAUGUGUUCAACGGUUGAUAACAAAUUUAAUUUUUAUGAAAAUAUAAGUGCUAAUUUAAUUCUUUUAUUUAAAAAUGAUGAGCAUUUGUUAGUACAUAAAGGAAAAAUAAUAGUACAACAUAUAUCUCGUUGUUUAAAUAAUCAAAAGUUUUAUGCAUAUUUAUCUUACUUACUAAUUAAUGAAAAUAAUUUCUUAUUUGUAAAUAAAUUCAUUCAAGUACUCAACUGGGUAUUACUAACAUCCAACGAAACUAAGUACUUAAGAAAUACUUUAUUUUUGAAAAAAUAUUAUACACUCUUUUCUAUAAUAUUAAUAGCAUGGUUUAACAAUCCCUUAUCUGCUAUAUCUUUUUUGUUAUGGUUACAAAAAUAUGAGUUAGCUUAUUUUUUAUGUUCCUAUUUAACAUUACUAGAUUUAGAUGCUGAUUUCUUUCAUCAGUUAGACAAUUUUAUUUUUCUUUUUGAAUCUCCUGUAUUUUCAAAACAAAGACUUCAUUUAAUUUAUCCAAAGAAUUACCCAUUUUUAAUUAAGUCAUUAAUGAUACUCUCUUUAAUGCUACCAUUAAAUACUUCGAACAAUAUUUUACAGAAAAGAUUACAAAUAUCUCAGCUCUCUAUAUUAACAAGUAACCAAGCAGUUUCGAACUUCUUCGACUUACACAACCACAUCGGGUUGUAUCAAAUGGAAGACCUAGAAAUUGUACACGCAGAAACAGUGGAAGCAAAAGCCCAAGUGGACGUGCACAGUGGGAGUAAAAGAAAAGACGAGACGAAUAAUGCCUUUUACAAAAAUGCAAAAACGGACGAGAUGACAGAGCUCUUUAGGAUGGGUACCGAAGAGCAAACAAAAGAGUAUGCCAUCAAUGAGAAAACAAAUGCAGAAAAAUUAAAUGAAGAAGAGAAAUGGAAUAGCAGGUAUAAUUGUUUAUUAAAAAACAUAAGGAAAAAGUUUUACAAAGAAGGUACUAUAAACAGUAAAUUAAUUUCCGAUACGAAUGACGAAUGUAAUGAUUUUGUAAAUAUUUUUAAAAUUAUCCUAAAGGGUAAUAGGAUAAUUAAGUAUUAUGCUUAG